GCUCUGGGGCCCUGUGCUGGGUGAGAGCUGAUGGGAACAGGGCUGGACUGGGGUUGGAGUGGGGCUUUCACCUCUGUUGCAAUGGCCUCACUUCCCCUUCCUUGGCAGCAGCAUGGGUUGUGUGAAGUCUAAGAAAGCCGGUGUCCAAGAGAAGAUGAUAAAAACUGAUCCUGACCCUGAUCCUGGCCCCACCAUCCAGCAGGGCCACUAUGUGAGGGACCCCACAGCCACCAACAAGCGGAACAAUCAUGUCCCCAGCAUGGCUGUGUCCCUGCCUGAGGCUGGCCUGGGGGACAGCGUGGUGCUGGCACUCUACGACUACGAGGCGAUGAACGCUGGGGACCUCAGCUUCCAGAAGGGGGAGAGGAUGAAGAUCCUGGAGAAGUCAGGGGAAUGGUGGCAAGCACGGUCGCUGGUGACAGGAUGUGAAGGCUUCAUCCCAAGCAACUACGUUGCCCAAGAAAACUCGCUGGAGACAGAGGAGUGGUUUUUCAAGGACAUCAGCCGGAAGGACGCGGAGCGGCAGCUCCUUGGCCCUGGGAACAUGAUUGGGUCCUUCAUGAUAAGGGACAGCGAGACAACGAAAGGCUCUUACUCACUCUCGGUGCGGGACGGGGACGAGCUGCGGGGCGGGGCAGUGAAGCACUACAAGAUCCGCACUCUGGACAGCGGUGGCUUCUACAUCUCCCCACGGAACAACUUCAACACGCUGCAGGAGCUGGUCCAGCACUACAAAGGUCAGAGUGAUGGGCUGUGCCAGAAGCUCACCCACCCCUGCCGUGUACCCAAACCAGAGAAGCCCUGGGAGAAAGAUGCCUGGGAGAUCCCUCGGGAGUCACUGAGUCUGGAGAGGAAGCUGGGAGCCGGGCAGUUCGGAGAAGUGUGGAUGGCUACCUACAACAAGCACACCAAGGUGGCGGUGAAGACGAUGAAGCCGGGCAGCAUGUCCGUGGAAGCCUUCCUGGAGGAGGCAAACCUGAUGAAGACACUGCAGCACGACAAGCUGGUGAAGCUGCACGCCGUGGUCACCAGGGAGGAGCCCAUCUUCAUCAUCACUGAAUUCAUGGAGAAAGGGAGCUUACUGGAUUUCCUGAAGAGUGAUGAGGGGAACAAGCUGCUGCUCCCAAAGCUGAUUGACUUCUCUGCCCAGAUUGCAGAAGGAAUGGCUUUUAUUGAGAAGAGGAACUACAUCCACAGAGACCUGAGAGCUGCCAACAUCCUGGUGUCAGCAGCACUGGUGUGCAAGAUUGCAGACUUUGGGCUGGCCAGGGUGAUCGAGGACACCGAGUACACGGCCCGGGAAGGUGCCAAGUUUCCCAUUAAAUGGACUGCACCUGAAGCCAUCAACUACGGAUCUUUCACUAUAAAAUCAGAUGUCUGGUCCUUUGGGAUCCUCCUGACUGAGAUCAUUACCUAUGGACGCAUCCCUUACCCAGGGAUGUCGAGCAUGGAGGUGAUCAGGGCGCUGGAGCACGGAUACCGGAUGCCACGCACGGACAACUGCCCUGAGGAGCUGUACGACAUCAUGAUGAGGUGCUGGAAGAUCAAACCCGAGGAUCGCCCCACUUUUGAGUACAUACAAAGUGUUUUGGAAGAUUUCUUCACUGCCACAGAGAGCCAGUACCAGCAGCAGCCAUAG